CUGACAGUUAUAAAAAAUAACAUAACCCUAGCUUAAUACAUUUAGAAGAAACAAGGAAAAGCGGUGUCAUCUUUGUCAGCAUUUUAUAUUGUUAUUUUCCAAUUAUUAAAUUAAUAUAAUGAGUUCAAUUGGUACUGGGUAUGAUUUAUCAGCCUCCCAAUUUUCACCAGAUGGAAGAGUGUUUCAAGUUGAUUAUGCGUCGAAAGCUGUUGAAAAGAGCGGAACUGUGAUUGGACUGCGUGGUAAAGAUGGAGUAGUUUUAGCCGUCGAAAAGAUUGUUACAAGUUCUCUAUAUGAAGAGAGUGCGGGAGCUCGUAUAUACACAAUCGAUAAAAAUAUAGGACUUGUUUUAGCUGGUUUACUAGCUGAUGGCCGUUAUAUUGUGCAAGUUGCUAGGAACGAGGCUCAAAAUUAUAGAACUCAGUUUGAAAGAACAAUUCCAUUGAAAACCUUAAAUGAAAGAUUAUCUGCCUAUAUUCAUGCAUACACUUUGUACAGUGCUGUAAGACCAUUUGGUGUAUCUAUAAUAUUAUCUUCUUGGGAUGAAGAUGUUGGUCCACAGCUAUAUAAGAUUGAACCUUCUGGCUCCUCAUUUGGAUAUUAUGGAUGUGCUAGCGGAAAGGCAAAACAACAAGCAAAAACAGAAAUCGAAAAAUUGAACAUAAAAGAUAUGACAACCGAAGAAUUGAUCAAAAACGCUGGAAAAAUAAUUUAUUCAGUUCAUGAUGAACUUAAAGACAAAGAUUUUCGUUUAGAAUUGAGUUUAGUAGGUAAAGAAACAAACGGAAUGCAUAAGAUAAGUCCAGUUCCAUGGUACGAUAUGGCAGUUGAAGCCGGACAAGCUGCUAAACGUGAGGAUGAUAGUGAUAAUGAAAUUUAAAAAAUUCAAAAACUUUUUAUAAAAUAAAACAAAAAUUUUAAUAAUAAUUAUAUGAGAAAUUUAAA